AUGACGUGCCAAGCGAAUAAGUUGAUUGAAACAUUGUUUUCUCCUGUUGCAGGAUUUAGGAUGAGGUCGUGGUUGCUGCUGAUGGCGUGGUGUGCGGCCACCGCCGUCGGUCAACGGCCCACGCCGAACAAGCGACACGACGUCUACAUAGCAGGGUUCUUCCCGUUUGGUGGCCGCGUAUCCGGAAGCAUACCCGAGGGCCGUGUAGGCCGUGGCGUCAUGCCGGCCGUCAAACUGGCCGUCGACCACAUCAACGAGAACCCAACACUUUUACGCAACUACCGGUUGCACGUUUGGUGGAAUGACACGCAGGUGAGCGCCGAUGACGACUAUUAA